UGCCAGCGAGAAAAUUCGUGUGCGAUCAAACAACAGUGAAAGCUAAUCAUUAGAUCACGAGUGUUUCGAAAUCGUUUCAAUUAGCAAAAUUUGUGUGUGUGCUUAUAGGAAAAUCGCGUCUCCCAAACAACCGAAAACCCCCCAUAACCCGACGUCGAUCGAUUCGAUCGAAAACAACCGAAUAGUGCGUUUAGCAACAAGCGCGCGUCCCUCGACCAGCGUUGUCUCUUCCGACCCGUCCCCGGUGACCCAGUAAAGAAGCGAAAAUGAUGGAAAAAUACAAGUCCUCUUUAGGCAGUUAUUUGUAGCCUGGUGUGUGCGGUUGCAGAAAGGUUACAAUUGUCCUCAUCUUGUUGUGAGCGCACUCGAGUAGAAGAAAACUGAACCGAAAGUGUAGAAGCGCUACGGCAAAUGGUGCGUAUUUUAAGUUCAAUUACAUUAAGAAACUAGCGAAUACAGCGUCAGCGACAAGUUAGCAAGUGAAAACAUAAAGAAAAUCUGUCCUGUGUGCAUGUGUGUCUCCGUGUGUGCAUUGUGUAGUUGCGAGUGCGUAAAGUUUCGUUUCGUGGGACUGUGAUUUACGUGAGCCGGAGUAGUCCGCUUGCUUUCGAAGCGGAUCGAAAAAAAUGCGUUAAAGUUUGUUCAGAGCUAGUGAAACGUAUGUUGCUGUGUGUCACACGACACCAAAUAUCCUGUCCCCCGUUUGGGAGCGUAAGUGAGUACGUGAUUUAUCAACCGACUCUGGAGGGCAGCAGCAACCUUGAUUCUAUCAAGUGCUGAAGGUCAAAACAAGGAUUUCAUCCUUGAAAGGGCUUCAAAAAGCAAGUUAGUGUGUGUGUUCUGUGUACAAAAGUAAAGGCGUCUUCAGCGGAUUGUGUGGAAUUGAUAAUUUGACCGUAAACAAAGAGAGGUUCAACGGAUACGGAGAAAAACUUCCGACCCUUCCAAGAAGAAGAAGCCCUCUUGUGUACAAACGAAACGGGUCGAAACCGUUUCUACAAUAUAAGUGUGCGUGAAACGUGUGCGUCAUCAACGUUCCCACCAACACACAGACGCAGCUUGACGCAGUGCUGUUUAGAAGUGUGUUGUCCUUUUAGGUCUCCAUCUGCCCUUCGACACUAUUUUGGUGUGCGGAAGGUAUCUUUACGUUCGAAGCGGACUCUCCCUGAACUCUCGUACGUUCUGUUGCAAGAAAGCAAUUAAGCAUCAAGCUUUUCCUAGGUGUACCACACACCACCGUCCUGCAAAACUUUUGAGAUACACUGCUUGCCCCCACAAUAGCCGGCAAGGGCAAGACACGCUUUCUCCGUGCUUAAAUGUGCCCGCAACCGGUUGCUUUCGUCGUCGUCGCCGUCGCCCCCGUCACCAGCAACAGCAACCAUAACAGUAGCCGUAUUCAUCGCCACCACCACCAGCAUCAGCAGCAGGUCGCCAGCACGAAACUGUUCAAGAAGAAGCUCUGCGUUCACCCGACCACCAUGUUCAGAAUCGCCGUCAAGAUCAACCACGGCCUGAUAAGAUCGCCCAAGAUGGUCAAAUACUCAGCCGCCCCGUGCCGGAGUUGUUACGCAGUGAGCCCGCUGCCGCUGGUGCACCUGUACUAAGAAGGGGUGGACAUUCUGACCCUUUUUCUAGCGCUGUCCAAUUUGGUCAGAUUUUAAGGAAAAAGCCGUAGCUUUUAAGCAACCAUAAAUAAGGCAUCGUUUAAUAAUUGGUUUGGUGAAACUACAACAACAACGAGUAAAGCAAACAACAGAAGCCAGUGCACGCUUAUUUAGCAACGCUUAGCAGAGUGAAAAACAAAGCGAGAACAAAACAUCAUUCUCUCUUAGCAUCGAAGUGUGCUGUGGAUUAAUCACAAGCAACAAAUAUCGAAGGAAAUAUUGUUCAACAACAACAGAAGAAAACAGCAUUCAAGCAACCUGCGUAUACACGGGAGGAAGACGACGAACAAGUCUGAUCAUCUUCUUUUUUAGCACUUAUUAAAACCCCUUAUUCGGACAAGAUGAAGCUGCUCGAAAGUACACGGUUCGAGGCGGUCAACAACAAGCUGCACAUCCAGACCGGGGACAGCACGAUAUAUGGCCGUAUUGAGUCAUACUCGUGCAAGAUGGCUGGAAACGAUAAGGCACUGUAUAAACGAUUCACCUCGGAACAGUCGCCGACCGAUCUGCAGGCCCUAUCGCCACCACAAACGCUGCAGGACAUGUCGCCGCAAAUCCUUCGCAGCAGCCUGUCGGGCGAUGAGGGUGUCACGCUGUGCGAUACUAUUUCACGCAAGACACUCUUCUAUCUGAUUGCAACGCUCAACGCAGCGUUCGAGCCGGAUUAUGACUUCAGCGAGGCUAGGAGUCAUGAAUUCAGCAAGGAACCAUCGCUGCAAUGGGUGCUGAACUCUAUCGAGGGCAAUCUGGGUCCAGUGGCUGGCGAACAGUACAGCAAGAUCCGUCACGCCCUCUGGACGACGAUCGAGGACGAGAUUUCGCUGAAGGACUGCGACAUUUACAGCUACAAUCCGGAUCUGAACUCGGACCCGUUUGGUGAACCGGGCUGCCUCUGGUCGUUCAACUACUUUUUCUACAACAAAAAGCUGAAGCGCAUCGUUUUCUUCACUUGCCGUGCGAUCAAUUCGGUUUAUGUGGAUUCUGGAUUUUCGAGCGAUUUCGCUAUGGAGGACGAAGAAUGUUACUAAAACAUAAAAUUCUUCAAAAGCACGGACAAUUGAUUGGAACAUCAAUUGGAUGGCGGAUAAUUUGCAGGCCAUCUACAAAAUUUUUCGUUUCUUCCGUAGGUCUUUAGUUAUAACAAUUUCUACAUCAUUUGAUAAUUUUUCAUGUAUUCGCGACAUUCGUCUGACGUUUUGUGUUUUUUUAUUUUGGAUUUUCAACCAAAUCAGACUUUGCAGAAUGUUUUGUGUUUUCAAUUUAAAGGUUAGAAUUUCUUGUCAAUAUACAAGAGCAGACAAGCAUAAAUAGUGCACACAAACUAGUCUGCCAUGCUAGGAUCGACAAUUUAUUUGUUAUAGUGGUAGAUUCGAUUUUUUGAUUACAUUCAAUUUUCUUGAUAUCAUCUUUUCAUCAAACUUUACAAUUUUUUUUUAACCGUUUUAACUUCAUAGUUGAACGAUGAGUGUA